UGGCAGGUGGGGGUGGUCUUUACCUGCCGAUUGGUCGACGCCUCCUGCUGUGUGCGGCCUUGCCCGUCGCGCUGACCUUGCGGGUCGCAGCCGCAGCCAUGGUGUCGUACUGGCGACAGGCCGGGAUCAGCUACAUCCGGUUCUCGCAGAUCUGCGCCCGCGCCCUGCGGGCCGCCAUGAAGCCGCAGUUCCGGGACGAGGCGGAGCGGGCGGCGGCCGCCAACGUGAAGAUCGUGAAGCCGAAGAAGGAGUGAGGAACUGACCUGCGGUGACGACCGCACGGACGAAACGUGACGCGGAGUCGAGCUCGUCGAUCCGCAGGAGCGCUGUGUAACUUUUCUUUUUUUUUGAGCUCGCUGUAAAGUCUGCCUGUCCGUGUAAAAGAUCAUGCCAAUAAAAUGAUGUGUCGAUAUAA